AUGACCAACGAACAAGGCCUGAAUGGCAAACCCUCUGAAGGGCCAGUGUUUGACACAUUUGACUGCAGUCAUCCCAUUCCUCCAGGCUUUAAACAGAACUUUGAGUACCUCCAGAGCAGAGGGCUGACCCACUUCAAAGUGCCGCUGUCAUGGGAUCAACUCCUACCUACAGGCCUCCCCAGCCAACCGCAGCAGGCUGUGGUUACCUGUUACCAGACUCUGCUGAAACAGCUGCUGGAGGUGGGCCUGCAGCCUCUGGUCAUUCUUCAUGGAUCCACGGUGCCAGACACUCUGAGAUCAAGGUAUGGAGGCUGGGAGAGCCAGGAGCUGCUAGAGAUGUUUCAGCAGUAUGCAGAGUUUGUGUUUGGAGAGUUUGGAGAGCUUGCAGACUCCUGGGUGACACUGAGCAGCUUGGAAGAGCUGAGGGAUGCUGAGCUGCAAAACGCUCUUGAUGCACACACCAACGUCUACCGCCGUUACCACCAACUGUUUCCUGAGAGAGAUGGAGGAGUGUCAGUUGGGGUAAAGGCCAGUAAAGUCCCAAUCAUCAGUGACACUCAACAGAUGGGAAAGUGUGGAGACGAACCCAUUCUUUUUUAUGAGGUGAACCUCAUCGACUGCUCGCCUCAUCAGUUCCUGUCCAAAAUCAUAAAAGUGCUGAGCAAUGGAGACCAAAAUGUUCUUGGAUUUGACAUGGUGGAUAUGUUACGUCCAGCUGACAGCAUCCCAAAAAGUCAUUCACAUCAAAGUGACAGAAGCAAUCUUCAAACAGCAUCAUGUUCCAUGAACUACUGCAAAACUUGGAGCAAUUUUACCACCAUGACCAUAUCUGAGCGAGAUGCCUUCCUGAAUGAAUCCUUUCCUAUUGACUUCCAAUGGGCCACCUCCAGUGAGUCCUUCAAAGUUGAGGGAGGCUGGUUAGAAGGUGGGAAGGGAGAGACAAUUUGGGACCGUUUUGGUCAUGAUGGCCUAGCCUUUGCGAAUCAGACAGCUGAUCAAGCUUGUGACAGUUACCACAAGGUGGAUUAUGAUGUCUACCUCCUGCGAGGUCUUCAAGUCAACACCUACCAGUUUUCCAUCUCCUGGGCCCGUAUUUUCCCCUCAAGCCACCGGGGCAGCCAAUCAGAGAAAGGGGCUCUCUACUAUGACAAGCUGAUCAAUACUCUUAAUGAAUCUGGCAUCCAACCUGUUGUCACUCUCCACCACUGGGAUCUGCCCCAGGCACGCCAGGACAAUGGUGGAUGGACCAACGCUUCCAUUGUUGAAGCCUUCAAGGACUAUGCAGACUUCUGCUUCUCCAGGUUUGGAGACAGGGUCAAGACCUGGAACACAUUCAGUAGCCCCUGGGUGGUGAGCCAUGCUGGGUAUGGCACUGGUGAGCAUCCCCCUGGAGUAAAAGACUAUGUAGUUGCCUCCUAUCAGGCCACUCACAAUAUGCUCAAGUCCCAUGCUGAGGCCUGGCAUAUCUACAAUGACAAGUACAGGAAGACACAAGGAGGGAAAGUGGGCAUUGCAUUGAACUCUGACUGGGCUGAGCCCAUGGACCCCUCCAGACCUGAAGACAUAGCAGCUGCAGAUCGCUACAUGCAGUUCAUGCUGGGCUGGUUUGCACAUCCCAUCUUUGUAGAUGGAGAUUAUCCUCCAACACUCAAGACUCAGAUUGAACAGAAAAGAAAUGAGUGUCCCCACUCUGAGCCUGCAAGACUUCCUGUUUUCACUGCUGAAGAGAGCCAGAGGAUACGUGGAACAGCUGACUUUUUAGGAUUAAACCAUUAUACCUCCCGGUUGGUCAACAACAGUGUUGGUGGCUGCACCCCUGGUCCUCAGGGGGUGGGCAACUUCCAGGCACAUGUAGACCCGUCAUGGUCCUCUACAGCUUCUGACUGGAUCUAUUCUACACCUUGGGGACUUAGAAGGCUUCUAAACUACAUUUCCACAGAAUACUUGAAUGUUACCAAAGUGCCUAUCCACAUAACUGGGAAUGGUAUGCCUACUGAGGACAGUGGGGACGCUCUCAAUGACAUCAGUAGAAUAGAGUACAUGAAGAGUUACAUCAACGAGGCCCUGAAAGCUAUACAUUUAGAUGGAGUAAAUGUGCAGCGGUUCACCGUCCAGUCACUCAUGGAUGGCUUUGAAGGUCCACAAGGCUACAGUGAACGUUUUGGAUUGCACCAUGUCAACUUUGACCUGCCCGACAGGCCCAGGACUCCAAAGCAGUCUGCCUACUUUUACUCCAAAGUUAUUGAGAACAAUGGUUUUGCUCCCAAAAAACUCUUCUUUUAUGCACCAGAACUGAAAAACAAAGAGUCAAAUAAAAUGUCCUCAAUCCCGCCUUCCACCGUCCCAUCCCAAGCCAAGGCUGUUUGGAGGAAAUUCUCCAACCAAACCAAUUUUCAGAGAAAACUCUACCACUACGGCACUUUCCCUCAAGGCUUCAGCUGGGGAGUAUCAUCUUCAGUUUACCAGAUUGAAGGUGGCUGGAAUGCUGAUGGGAAGGGGCCCAGCGUCUGGGAUACAUUCACCCACAAACCGGGCAGUAUUCCUGCCAAUGCCAAUGGAGAUGUGGCCUGUGACAGCUACCACAGGCUUGAAGAAGACUUCUACAUGCUGCGAGCUCUGAGUGUGAAGUCAUACAGAUUCUCUUUGUCCUGGUCCAGGAUCUUUCCUGAUGGUCGGCGUACAUCCCUGAACCAGAAAGGCGUUGACUACUACAAUAGACUCAUUGAUGGCCUCAUGGCAUUUAACAUCACUCCCAUGGUGACACUCUACCACUGGGACCUUCCUCAAGCUUUGCAAGACCUCGGUGGCUGGGACAAUGUAGAGAUGAUCAACAUGUUUAAUGACUUUUGUGACUUCUGCUUUGCCACCUUUGGUGACAGAGUGACAUUUUGGAUGACCUUCAACCAGCCUCACACAAUUGCAUGGUCAGGAUAUGGACUUGGACAGAUCCCACCAAAUGUUAAGAAUCCAGGGAUUGCACCAUACAGAGUUGCACACAACCUUAUAAAAGCACACGCCACAGCAUACCACACAUAUGAUGAUAAGUAUCGCAAAUCCCAAGGUGGUCUAGUAUCCAUUGCCCUCAAUGCUGAUUGGAUUGAACCUAAAGAUGUUAAUGUUCCCCGUGAAGUGCUGGCUGCUGACCGCGCUCUGCAGUUCCAACUGGGUUGGUUUGCACACCCCAUUUUCAAGAAUGGUGACUACCCUGAUGCAAUGAAGUGGCAAGUUGGAAACAAAAGUGAACUCCAAGGUCUUUCAGAGACAAGACUACCUGCCUUCACUGAAGCAGAAAAGAGCUUCAUCAAGGGAACUGCUGACAUGUUCUGUGUAAAUCAUUACACGACAAAGAUUGUAAGCCAUGUUACCGCUCGACUUACCCCUCAAUCCUAUUCAUAUGACCGGGACUUGUCAGAAGCAGAAGAAGGUGAUUCACCAACUACUGCCAUCAGUAACCAGAGAGCUGUAGCGUGGGGCUUGAGAAGACUCCUCAACUGGAUCAAAGAGGAGUAUGGAGAUCCAGAAAUUUACAUUUCUGAGAAUGGAGUAGCUACAGACAUUGAGACCACAGUUGAUGACAUUGACAGAGUAUUUUACUACAAAACCUACAUUGAUGAGGCUUUAAAGGCUCAUAAUCUUGAUGGUGUGAAGGUGAAAGGAUACAUAGCAACAUCUCUCAUGGAUUCCUUUGAGUGGCUCAAUGGGUACAAAGUAGGAUUUGGGCUGCACCAUGUGGACUUCAUCAACCCGAACAGGCCGAGGACACCCAAACGUUCGGCUCACUAUUAUUACCAAGUCAUGAAGGACAACGGCUUCCCGUUACCAGAUGAUGAGAAGAUGCUUUACCAACAGUUUCCCAAAACCUUUGACUGGAGCACUGCCAGUGCCUCUUACCAGAUCGAAGGGAGCUGGAGGGCCCAUGGAAAAGGACUGAGUAUCUGGGAUAAGUUUGCCCAUACUCCUUUGAGAGUGUCCAACAGUGACAAUGGCAACAUGGCUUGCGAUAGUUACAACAAGAUCGACAAGGAUGUGGAGGUGCUGAAGAUGUUGAAGGUGACCCACUAUCGCUUCUCUGUAUCCUGGCCAAGAGUGCUUCCUGACGGCACCAACAACCACAUCAAUGAAGCUGGUCUGAACUAUUACCAUAGAUUACUGGAUGCCUUGGAAGCUGCUAAUAUUCAGCCCCAGGUGACCCUGUACCACUGGGACCUCCCCUUAGCUCUACAGAAAGUGGGGGGCUGGGAGAAUGAAACCAUUGUUCAGAGAUUCAGAGAUUACGCCGAUGUUUUAUUCAGCCAAUUUGGAAGCAGGGUGAAGUUCUGGAUCACUCUAAAUGAACCCUACAUUGUAGCCAACCUUGGCUAUGGAUAUGGUACCUUUGCUCCAGGCAUUGUGGGUAAGCAGUAUAUUGCAGCUCACAACCUGAUCAAGGCCCAUGCUGAGGCCUGGCACCUCUACAAUGACAAGUACCGUGCAACACAGGGUGGUAUCAUCUCCAUCACCAUCAAUUCUGAUUGGGGGGAGCCAAAGAACCCAUAUAAACAGGAGGAUGUGGAUGCAGCCAAGCGCUACUUGCAGUUCUUCAUUGGCUGGUUUGCCCAUCCCAUCUUCAACGGCGAUUAUCCGGCCUUAAUGAAAACAAUCAUUCGCAAAAGAAGCCUUGCUGCAGGUCUCCCUGAAUCACGGCUUCCUGAGUUCACACCUGAGGAAAUCAAGAGGAUCAAAGGGACCCACGAUUACUUCGGUUUCAACCAUUACACCACAGUUCUUUCAUACCCAGUGGAUUUGGGAAAUCAGCAGGAUUAUGAAGGUGACAGGGGCACUGGAACCACCCAUGACCGCACCUGGAUUGAGUCUGGCUCCUUUUGGCUAAAGAUCACUCCAUUUGGAUUUAGGAAAAUCCUCAAGUUUAUCAAGGACGAGUAUGGAAACCCACCGGUCUAUGUCACUGAGAAUGGGAUCUCAGAACGAGGAGAAGUGAACUUGAAUGACAUCCAUAGAAAGCACUACUAUGAAAACUACAUUAACCAGGCCCUGAAAGCCCAUGUUCUGGAUGGAGUUGAUCUGAGAGGCUAUACAGCCUGGUCAUUAAUGGACAACUUUGAGUGGGCCGCUGGCUACUCCGAGCGAUUUGGGCUUUUCUAUGUGAACCGCUCCAACCCCACCCUGCCUCGCAUUCCUAAAAACUCAGCUUUUCGCUACGCCUCCAUCAUCACCUGCAAUGGCUUCCCAGACCCGGCCCUCGGACCCCACGAGUGUUUGAACCCCUCACCUGAAGGGUAUAAAGUGUGGAAGUGCUGUGGAGAUGUUCCAGAUGACACAGAGAGCACCCAAGGGAAUGUUCUGGGUGUAUGUGACAACUCCCCCCGCUGUGACCACGCAGGAGAGCACUGUACAUACAACUGUCCCUGUUCUGCCCCUGAACACGGUGGUGGACUUCUUAGGUCUAGAGCUUUCACCUCAUGA